GGCUGCUGGGAAGAAAUACGGCGUGGCUAAGAAUGCCACUAUCUACGGCGUGAGAAUCACCAGGUGCCGAGGUAGCGCUAAGCUAUCAGACACGGUCAAAGCAAUGCAGUGGUUGUCCGAGAACGUCAAAUGGCCCGGGGUCGCCCUCAUAGGGAUAGGCAGCAACAAGGCUUCCCCCUCCCUGGACAAUGCGAUCCAUAGGAUCUACCUCCAGGGGUGCAUGGUGGUACUACCAGCUGGUAACAACAACUCUCUCGCCUGUGACUCCUCUCCCGGGCGGAUGCGUAUGCCUAUUACUGUGGGAGCUACGACGCGGGCUGACUACGCGUUGUACUACAGCAACCACGGUUCUUGUGUGGAUAUCUAUGCCCCUGGUAUGGACGUCGAGGCGGCGUACUACGAUGGGUCCAGAACUGCUGUGGAAUCCAAAUCUGGAACCUGUGCGGCCAGUGCUUAUGUGACAGGUGCGGUAGCCAUGCACAUGGGUAACGGGAUGCCCCCUUUCAAGAUCAAGGAUUACCUGUUGCGCCACGCCACUGAAUAUCAACUCCGUGAUGUACAUGAUGAUGAUGGCGAUACUACCAACAAGCUCCUCUACGUGGGGAAAGUCAGCUCCAGAGAUGCUGAUUACAAGAGACCAGCCGGCAAAAAGGCGAAGAAGACAGAUAAAAAGAAGAAGGAUGGUAAAAAGGAUGGCAAGAAGGGGGAAAAAGAAGGGUCGUCGUCUACGAAAGAUAAAACCAAAACAGAGCUGUAAUUUGGAUCUGAAUUUUGAAAUACUUGUUUAAUUGCACGUUGAAAUACAAACUAUUGUAAUUAUUCUUUUUAACACUCAUGUCUGUCACGUCUGACACUCCUAGCGCUUCAGUGAUAUGCUUUUAUUGCUACAUAACUUAAUAUUGACAUUUAACAUUCUAAAAAUAUUAAACUCGCGGUUGCAUUUAUUUUCAUUUAUUUUCAUUUUUAAAUAUAAAAUAAAACAAUAUAACAUGCUUUUAUGUGCAGGGCAUGGUUGAUAAUCAACAAAAAAAAUAACAAGCUUACAAUAAAUAAAUGUACAACAUGACUUAGAUCAUAAGGAACUAAAAAUUACGCAAAUUUCUCUAUACAAUAAAAAUUGCAUAACUCAUUUUUAGUUAAUAACCAAACACCUGAACAUAUUCAAGUUUUGAAAGAGAAUCGUAAUACUUUGUUAUCUAUUGCCGUAGACAAUAUUUUGCUAUGUUGAUCCUGAUGUGCAAUUAAAAAAAAAAUUCUUCAUGUCUAUUCAUUUUGCCAAUAAAUGUAUUUUUCUUUUCCUAUUGAAAUUUAUCUAUUUUAUAAAAAGAUUUGAUUGCCUUUACAUCUCACUUUUCGAGAUCAAUCACUAAAAAUCUUCUGACUUCUGAAAAGAGCAUAAUUUUUUCCCUCAUUUUUUUUUCUUAUAUUCCUUUAGGCGUAAAUUAUUUUAGAUAAUAGUGGGUUGUUUUGUUUGAGAAACGUCUAUUUUCUUCUGUUUUAGCAAGUUACUCAUAUCGGUUUGUAUAGAUAUACAAAUUAUGUCUAGUUACUAUUAAAUUUGUGCAAUUUAUGUCAGAUAAAAACAAAACAAACAAAAUGAGCACUAUGUGCGAUAUUCAUUGUGCACAAAAUGGA